AUGGCCCUCCCUCCCCGCCUCGUUGACGUUGCUCAGAGGGUCAACCUUGUAAUGCCUGUUGUUCGACGACUCCCGAGCGCUUCUCCAGUGCCCCAGGAGGUCUCGCUAGUCGCACCAUACGGAGACUGCCCGGCACGACACCUUGUGUUAUUAAAUCGCAGAUCUCGCCGGCAAACUGGGUUCGUUUCUCGAACGUCCGACUCGGCGCAAUGCCUUACCCCUUCAGGAGGGCCCAGAGCAAGUUCCCCUUCGACCCGUCAACAAAACCCCCCGCCGUCUUCCCCGUCCACGAAAGACAAGAAAGAAAAAGAGACUAACACAACUCCUCCAUGGACAGUGCCCGUCCUGACGCCGCAAGACGAGAUGGAAAACGCCUCGAUCCUCCGUAACGACGCCGACAACGGCUACUUCCAGGGCCUCCCCGCGCGGCGCAAGUCCAAGAUGAAGGUGCUGAUGAAGGUGUUCUCGCGGUGGGCCAUCACCAUGUGCGUCAUCAUGUCCAUCUACACCGUCAUCAUCGUCUACUCGGGCAGGACGGUCAUGAACCAGACGACGAAGCGGCAGUACAACGCGCUCAUCACGGGCCUCUCCAUCGCGCUGGGUCUCGCGGUGGCCAGCAGCCUCAACCACAUGGUGGCGGAGCUGCGGUGGUGGAUCCUGAGCCGCCGGUUCAGGUCGAAGCGCAAGGUCGAGCUGAUUCUGCAGGCCGACAACCUGAAGCACACCAUCAUGCUGGCGGUGCGGUCCAAGAGGUGGUCGAUCCAUCUGGCGGCCCUGGGCUGGCUCAUCCUGACGAUUGGCUCCCAAGUCGGUCUCGCCGCCAUUGGGCUGUGCUACUCGACCGAAACGGCCGACAAACGAGCGUUGCUGGUCCCGGGAAACGUGUCGAUUGCGAACAUGGACACCAUCGAGACGGCCAAGAUUGUCCAGUCAAAGUCCAAUUCACUGGGCGCUCAGCAGUACACGGCGAACAGCUACGGCACCAUGUCCCUGGCAUACGACACGGCCACCAUCGAGGAAGCACCUUCGGCCCGAGCCAUCUUCGUGCCGAGCGACCCCCUGAUGUUCUGCUCCGAAGACCACUGCAAAUACGUGUUCCACGAGACGUCCCAGGAGUCCAUCGCGGACCUGAACAGCAACCCGGUGACCGUCGCGACGGACCGCAGCAUCAACGCGACGACCAGGUGCACGGCGUGGCCCGUGACGGCCGGCGGCAACGGCACGAGCCCCAACAUCACCGUCGUGACCGAGAACAACCGCCGUUUCGUCAUCGGCGUCCCCGUCCGCGGCGGCACCGACCAGACGACCUUCAUGACCAGAAGCACGUACGCGUGCGGCCCCGGGUGCGCGACGGUGACGGCCUUCGAGGCCUCGGACAGCUCGCCGUGGUACUACGCCUGCAACAUCACCGUCGGCGAGGUCGCCAACGCCACGCGGCCGGAGCACCUGGUCGGCUCCAACCUGACGGCGCUGGCGGCCGCCGCCAUCGCGCUCCAGGGGUACGCGGCGUCGUCGCUGGUCAACUCGACGGACUUCCAGUACCAGAUGUACCCGGCCGAGUCCGUCUUCGGCACGCCCAAGGACGGCAAGACGUGGAUGAUGGAGGGGAUGCUGUCGAGGUUCGCCAUCGGCGUCGUCGCGAUGGCGGCGGAGAUCAACGUGGAGCAGGUCGUCGAGGGGAUGAUGCCGAUGAAGGGCACCAAGCUCAGCGUGUCGCACUGGAACCUGAUCCACUUGAUCCUGACGCUGACGGCGGCGCUGCAGCUGGCGCUCGGCAUCGCGGCGGCGCUGGUGGCCAACCGGGUCGUGGUGCCGGACGGCGGCGCCGUCGAGAUGGCGCAGGUGAUGCGGACGAUGGCGAUCCGAGACCGGACGGCCGAGACCGCGGGCGAGGCCGGCGAGAAGGGGCUCGCCGCCGGGGCCGGGGCCGGGGGGCCGGUCACGUCAUUGUGGAUCUAUCGGGACCGGGUGUCGUCACAGGAGGGCCUGUACGACUUGCACAUGGAGGAGCAGCGGUUCCAUGCGAGGGCCGAGGACGGCAUGAUCGAGAUGAGCCAUCAGCGGCCGGACACGGGGCGGACCAGUCGGGCGUCGACGGCGGCGAAGACGUAG